GUCAUACGCGCGCGGGCAGCCGCUUGCCAGGAUAGCCGCAGAGCUCUCAUGGCGAGCUCGGCCGCCUCCUCCGUGCGACCGCCAAGGCCCAAGAAAGAGCCGCAGGCGCUCGUCAUCCCCAAGAAUGCGGCGGAGGAGCAGAAGCUCAAGCUGGAACGGCUAAUGAAGAACCCGGACAAAACAGUUCCAAUUCCAGAAAAAAUGAAUGAAUGGGCACCUCGACCUCCCCCAGAAUUUGUCCGAGAUGUAAUGGGUUCAAGCGCUGGGGCCGGCAGUGGAGAGUUCCAUGUGUACAGGCAUCUGCGCCGGAGAGAGUACCAGCGACAGGACUACAUGGAUGCCAUGGCUGAGAAGCAAAAAUUGGAUGCAGAAUUUCAGAAAAGACUGGAAAAGAAUAAAAUUGCUGCGGAGGAGCAGACUGCAAAGCGUCGGAAAAAGCGCCAGAAGUUAAAAGAGAAGAAAUUAUUGGCAAAGAAGAUGAAACUUGACCAGAAGAAACAGAAAGAAGGAUCCAGUCAGUCCCAGGAGCCGCCAUCCAGUGGCUCUGAGGCGGCAUCUGGAACAGAGGAGGAGGACGAGCCCAGUUUCAUCAUGGGGCGAUGACGAUGUUGGCCACGGCAGCUGUCUGGAGCCUGGCCCGCUCUGUGACCGGGACCUCAGAACAUCCUCCACAGGCCUCAAGGGGAAGGGCGCAACCUCUGUUUCAGCUCAGUUUCCCUCCCAAAGCCUCACUGGAUAGAAGCAAGUAGGAGUCCACCCUAAGGGCUCACAGCCCCCCUGUUAGCAGGACUGGGCCUGUGGGAGAGAGGACCAUCUCCUGGACACUCGAGGGCACUCCCAGGCAGGGUUCGUUAAUGUUCUCGCUGCAAGUGGGGAAAUGUAUGGCUUGGUCCCCCUCGUCCCUGUUCUCACGUAAUUGGACACUGAUGAGUUUGGGGCUGGUUUCUGUGAAGCGAAUGUUUAUUUAGUAAAGAAAAGAAAAACUCCA